CACAAGUCAUGAAUAAUGUUGGUUUGAAUAGUGCGAUGGGUUUAGCGAUAGCACCAACCAAGGUGGUGCGGCUGUUGCUGGGCUGUAUGGUUAGGGUGACAACAUGGGCAGCAGUAGCUUGACGAGAGUAUGAAACUUAGCUAGCUUUUAAGGUUAGCCUUCAAAAUGCAUGUCUCGUUUAUCGUCGGUUUAAACGAGAGACCAUCAAAGUGCGCCACUUGAACUGGAUCUCGAUAUCCUUCCUUUGGUCGAAGUUUUUGGCAGCAUUGUUGUGUAACUUAUAGCUAGACAAUUGCCACUCUGGACACUUUGUGACUGAUCUGAUGUCGAAUGUAUCCACCUGCAACAUAAUUGCAACGUAUUACUCCGAUAGUUUGAGUUUGUCUGGUCUGGGUCAAACUCCGCUAUACAUGUAGGUUUUCAUAGCGAUUCCAGUGACAGUGGCACAACUGUCAGCAGCAUUAGUAUUGGGGUCGAAAACGGCAAUGUAUCGUUUUGAAUUCCUGAUCUCUUUUCCGCUAUUAUAUUUAAUGUGGCAUUGGUUUAUUUUCUACAGUUAGGGUAGUAGCCUAGCCUAGGGUGUAUUGUUUACGUGUCCCUGAAUUUUAGUCCAAUAUUUCCUGCUUUAGUCUUAAAGGUACCGCGUGACAGAUCAUUGUUGGAGAGUAUGUGCUUCCGUGCCAGUUGAACACGACACGGAGGCAAGGUUAGCGAAAUACGUACAGUGUAAUGCACGUAUGCUCUUGCAUGCCCUGCCAUGGCAUAGAAACUUUGAACGCUUUCAUGCGAGAAAUGGCUUCUGAUAUCAUCAAGGUCCAGUGUCUAUCUUUCAACCAUCCUUAUCAUGUUUUUCACUUCUUGACAAAACAUAGCCUAGAGGAACCCUUCACAAGAGUUUGAUUGGACAGGAUCAUUUAUCCAACAUAAGGGCCAUCUGGUUUGGCCGAAUAAUGCCUUGUUAACAAACAAGUUCUGUUGCCCAUUUCAGGCAUCUUUGCACAUCAAGUAGGACUAGCCUAUUUCCUUAUAGUAGUAGUAGCCAGAAAAGGCUGCUUAUUGGACAUUUAUUGCCCCUGCAUGACCUACAUUGUUCUUCCUGCCUGGCUGGGUAAAGGUAGGCUAGAUCAUCUAACCGCCACCCAUAACCCCCAGCUUUACCCUCCAGUACAUCAAGGUUUUCUUGGGGCAAAAUUUCCCCCUGUUUUUCUCCACGAUUAACUUGUCUGUCCAAUUUAUUAUGCGCCCUUUGAGAGUGAGUUGUAGCCUACCAUUAUAAUAACUUUUAAACAGCAAUGCUUCAGAAAUGAUUUAGGCAACAAAUGGUCAUCAGACUAUUGUAUGUCUGUCAGAGAGAAGUGAGUGAAUGGGAAACAAGUCUGUACUUACCGGGAUGUCAGACGUUAGUGUUGAGACAGAGCCCAGCCAGGCUGCGGGCGCAGGGUCCCAGGUGGAGCAUGAGUUGGGGGAUCAGGGCCACUCUGAGGAGGUUCAGCGAGACCCUGAAGACACUCAGGCCACGCAUGACGAAGCCCUGCAGGGCACAGACAGCCGCGGGGCUGACACAUAUGAUGAUGUUGUGUAUGAUGUGGCUCUGAGUGACAGUGAUGAGGAUGCAGAGGGUGACACUUCUGUGAGCCACAAGGGAGAGGCUCACCUGGACUCAUCCCUAAAGGCCACUGCUCCCUCUGCUAAUGACCCUUCGAUGGAUGCAAAGUUAAAGGAGACCAUGGCAGAGGAGCCGCACAGAAGCUCAGCAGCUGAGAUAUCAGUGACCAGCAACGGAGAAGCCGAUAGGAGCCAUGAUGAUGUGUUUCAGAGGGACCCAGCCCAUGGAAUGACCAGUUUCUCAAGCAUGGUGGCACACACCCAUGACACCUUGGACACUUAUGGCUCACCCGCAGAGGGAGUGGUUGAAGUGGGGCCUUAUAAAGGGUCAGCCAGCCAGCCUACGACCCCCACAGUGGCCCCAAGCGCUGUAGCGGCUGGGCGCCUGGCCCGUGGGGCCAGUGACAGUCAGGUGGAGCUGGAGAAAGGUGCAGCCAUAGGACAGCCAACGAGUGGGCCGGUGGUCCUUGCAGAUGACCUGAAGAACCCAGCCAUGGAGAAGCUAGACCUGGUGAGAAAGUGGAGCAUCAACACCUACAAGUGCACCAAACAGAUCCUGUCCGAGAAGCUGGGCCGUGGCUCCCGGACGGUGGAUCUGGAGCUGGAGUCACAGAUUGACGUUCUCCGCGACAACAAGCGCAAAUACGAGCAAGUAAUCAAGCUAGCUCAGACACUGGUCAACCAGCUUGCUCAAAUGAUGCAGACACAAAGACAGCUGGGAGACGCCUUCGCUGACCUCAGUUUGAAAUCACCUGAACUUCAUGAGGAGUUCAGCUACAAUGCUGACACCCAAAAACUCCUGUCCAAAAAUGGCGAGACUCUCUUAGGAGCAAUCAACUUCUUCAUCUCUUCUGUGAAGACACUAGUGGACAAAACCAUUGAGGAUACCAUGUUGAACAUCAAACAAUAUGAAGCAGCCAGAGUUGAGUAUGAUGCUUACCGCACCGAUCUGGAGGAGAUGAACCUGGGUCCCCGCGAUGGCACCACGCUGCCCAAGAUUGAACAGUCCCAACAGCAGUUCCAGCUCCACCGGGAGAAAUACGAGCGGAUGCGCAAUGAUGUGUCAGUCAAACUGAAGUUCCUGGAGGAGAAUAAGGUUAAAGUACUGCACAAUCAGCUCCUUCUCUUCCACAAUGCUAUAGCGGCAUACUAUGCAGGCAAUCAACAGCAACUAGAACAGACCCUUAAACAGUUCCACAUCAAGUUGAAAAUGCCCGGAGGAGACUCCCCCUCCUGGCUGGAAGAGCACUGAUCUAUGGGGUCGACCUGCUUGUAAACCCCAGAGCAAGACGGGCAUCAGUAGCUGAAGAUGGGAAGUACCAUGUGCACUCCUUCAUAAGCGAACUGUCUUUCCCAAAUAUAGGGCAGUUUGCUAGUCCUUUUUCUCCUCUGCCUACAGUAGGACCUUAAAUCUAUUGGGCAAAAAAAAAGAAAAAAAUACACAAAAAAACAAAGCUAACAAGAUUUAUUUUUCCCCUCCUUGUCUCUCUCGCUGACUUUUCAAACUAAAGAUUUUUAUGGUGUUCUUGUAUUCUCACAUCUGAGAAGAUGUCUUUUUACUCUGUAAUGGAAAAUCACUUGACUCAAGGGACAUGCACUUUUGUGGUAUGAUGUGACAAAUCUGAUAUGAAAAAUACUGGGCAUUGGGAAUGUCCAUUGACCCAGCUUGGUGAAUGUAGGAACUAGAGAGUGGCCUGAAGUCUGAAUCUACUCUGAAGGAAUUUCCAGGCACGUGGCACACUUAAAAAUCCUUCACUUUUAACCCCUGCUCAGUGCUCUCACACCAGCAUGGACAGGUAACAGCAACCAGGACAAUAGCAACAUACCGGUAAACAUAAACUAUACAGACUAGAAACAUAAACUAUACAGACUAGAGGUCCGUGCAGUAUCUCUCAUCAGUCAGAAAGAUCACAAGGACAGUUUUAGAAUGUCCCCAUUACAGUAGGUGUUCCGUUAAGAACGUGAGGAGAGGUUGGAUGUCCACACAGGACGAUGAGAGGAGAAGGGUAGGCCAGGGGAGCGCUUUACUGUGCAGCUAGUGUGCACAUUGGGUUACUGUUAACAGAGCUUACUGGUAUGAGCGCUGGGUAGGGGUGAAAGAUUGAUGUUCACAACUGAAUACAUGGAUUAUACAGAUUUUGGUAUUUUGAUUAGGUAUAUAGUUACCUCUUAAAGAAGGAAGGGCCAGCCUUAUUGUGUUACUUGACAUGAAAUGACUUGAUGUGCCUUUUUAAUGUUGCAUGCCUGACCAGUUUGUGGUGAUCUUAUUAGAGAUGAAAACACCCAGGAUCCAACCACACUGCCUGGCUAGGGAUUGCCUUUCAGGCUAAAACGUGCACACACACACAUCCCUCCAACAACCAGCACAAUCUCUUAUUCUCUCUCCUUUAGCCUUCUAAAGACGAUCAUACAGAUACUAUGAAUUCAACGCAGCUCUUCACCCAUAUACUGUUAUUAAGGAUAACACAACUCUUGAAUAUUUAAACCAAAAGACAUCUGUCCUUUGUACAUGGGAAUGACCAGCACUGCCUCUGCUGAUGAACCUUCUGUUUGUUUGAAAUUAUCCCUGUGCUUUUUGUUAGAUGAUGUCCUUUACAAGGAACAUUUGGUGUACAGCUGCUCUACCACAGAAUGAUUUGCUUGAACACUACAAGCACGUUCAUCAAUGUCUGUCAUAGUUUAUUAUUUCAUUUCCUUUAGCUUUAGUUUGACUGCUCUUUAACUGGACAUACAUCUACGCUACCAAGACCAGAGAAGAAAUCACCUAUCUAAAGCCACAAGGGCCUCUGAAGCAUUUUUUUUUUUUUUUCAAGAAACUUUAUUUUGAAUUGUUCUUAGUUUUUCUUAAAACAUGUUCUUCUGGCCCCAGCAGUGGCGCGACUGGCUGGGGCACCUGCACCGUACGCCGGCGACCCGGGUUCGAUUUUGUGGUCCUUUCUGGAUCCCACCCCGACUCUCUCUCCCUAUCACUUCCUGUCAGUCUCCACUGUCAUAUCUGAGUAAAGGCAUAAAAAGCCCAAAAAAUAUACUUAAAAAAAACAAACAUGUUCUUCUGUCCAAAAAUAUAACUCCAAGUUGUUUGCAGUAGAGAUGUUCCUGAACAUGAGCAUGGUCCCCAGGUGGCCAAGCAAUGUCCUGCACUACCCAAAGCCCCUCAAGUUUUGCAUCUGUAUUGUAUUUCUAUCCACCCAUUAGAACGGCAGGGGUAUACAUGUACAAUGGUUCUGUAGGUUCAUGUAGGCCUAAGCAUAGGUAGAUACAUAUAUAUAAAUAUAAAUAUCUAUAUAUUUGUAAGUUUCUGUAUUUUAAUCUUGUAUAAAUGAACUCUUUUCAUGGGCAUUGUUCGGAAGACAUCACCGUUUGGAGUAUUCCUGAAGUUGGAGCAUCAGUUGACACUGUUAAUAUGAUGUAUGUUCAGUGAUGGGCUUUCAAGUGUAAGAAACCCUCUCUAUGUUGUGUAACAUCUUUUGAGAAUAAAAAUAAACUAUUUUUUUUCUUCUUAAA